AUGAGUAGCGAAGAUGAGGAUGAGAAGUUCCUAUAUAGCGAUGGGGAGGAUUCUCAGGUAGUGGUGAGUACAGAGGAGCCUGCGUCCAAGAAACAAAAAGUGGACACUCACAAUGAUGUAGAGACAGCUGCAAAUGAUAGCGCAAAUGAAGGAGUAAGUGAAGUUUCUGAUCAAGAUAGUGAUUCUGUAAGUGAUGAGAGUGACUCCGAUUCUGAUAUCGAAAUCAUCAUAGGGACAGGUAAUGAUACAUCAAAGAUCGAUUCCGGAAAAUCGAAGAUAUCGACGAUUACAGGGGCAGCAUCAACAACUACUACGGAGAGUAAUAUCGGAGCUGUAUCAGAUACAAAUGCUGCAACAUCAGUACCGGAGGGUUCCGUAUCACUAGAACAACAACAACAACAAACUAUUGAUUUGAACCCCGACGCAGAGUUCGAUGGAAAGCCUAUUGUGCAAAUAGACCCUGAAAUAUUGAAAGAAAAGCCAUGGAGACAACCGGGUGCAAACCUUUCUGAUUAUUUUAAUUACGGUUUCAACGAACAGACUUGGAUGGAAUAUUUACAUAGACAAGAACACCUCAAAAAAGAAUACAAUCCUCAAAAGAUUUUAAUGAAUCUCCUAGCAUUACAACAACAGGGAAAACUAAAUGACAACGGUUCUGUUCCUAACUCUCAAAAUAAUCCCAUGGCUAUGCCUCCUCCACCAAUGGGUCUUUCCCCAAUGUUUGGUGGUUUUCCUGGCUUCCCAUUCCCUGGUAUGAUGAAUAGCAUGCAAACCCAAAAUGUUCCAAACAUGAACAAUAACAACAACAACAACAACAAUAGUAAUAAUAAAAUCAACGGUAACCACAACGACAAAUAA